AUAUCUCGAGCCGGGAAGGAACAUCAGUGGGAAUUUCACCGCAUACGUUCCCAAGAGGAAGAGAACUCUCGAGCCGCAAGGCCGCAAGAGACUGCGCCUCAGCGACUACUUCAAGGUUGUGCAAUCUCCUGGCAGCCGUGACCCGACGGACUGGUCGAGACCGAGCUCCAUCAACCAACAGAUCAAUCUGGGGCUUGAGAUGAAACUCAGAGAGGCUUUACGAAAUCUGCGGCAAUCGCUGAUGGAGGAGCACAAGCUGACGAAGGCUCAUACUGUUUUCAAUGAGAACACCAUCAUAGGGUGCAUUCAAAGGCUUCCGCAGAGCAUACAGGAUCUGGAAGGGAUACCCGGGCUGGGUGCGCAACGGAUGAAGAAGUAUGGUGAGAGGAUAGUCAGUCGUGUGAUAGCUGUCCUGAGUGAUCGCUGGAGCUCAAGUGCCCCUGCUCCACCGCGAGCGUCAUCAUCAUCGUCAUCUUGUGCUGUGGAGAUGACUGAAGAGUACGAGAUACUCAACAGCAUGGACGAAGCAACCCUUCGAGAAUUUGCCUUUGACGGGGGUUGA